AUUACAUCCUUUCAGACAUUAAUUCUGAUCUCAAUUCAAUGGCUUCCACUUCUUCCUUAGCCCUCGUUCCUUCUCCUAUGGCUAACUAUGACAUCUUUCUAAGCUUCAGAGGCGAAGAUACUCGUUAUACUUUUACAGAUCAUCUCUACGCGGCGUUAACCAAUGCAGGAAUCCAUACUUUUAGGGAUAACGAAGAUAUCAGUGGAGGUGAUGAUCUCAAACCUGAAAUCGAGAAUGCAAUCAAAGCAUCCAAGGGUUCGAUAGUUGUAUUGUCAGAGAACUAUGCAACUUCCACAUGGUGUCUUGACGAGCUUUGGUUGAUCCUUGAGCAAAGGAGGAAGGUCAAUCAUUUCGUUCUACCCAUUUUUUAUCACGUUCAUCCCUCUGAUGUUAGGAAUCAAGACAAAACUUUCAAGAUAGAAGUCAAAAUCUCUUCAAAGUGGACACAUGAUAACGUGAAACGAUGGAGAGAAGCCCUUACACAAAUUGUUGACUUGAAAGGCGAGCAAGUUUUGGGGUCUGAAGUAGAUUUUAUAAAGAAAAUCGUCGAUGACAUUUAUUAUAAAGUUGCUCGCAAAAUAGUUAAUCUUCCUCGCAAUCUAAUAGGGAUGAAUGCUCGAGAUAAAGAUAUUAAUUCGUGGUUAGAGAAAACUGAUCUCAAAGUUUUAGCAAUUUGUGGCAUGGGAGGAAGUGGCAAGACAACGUUGGCCGAUUACAUUGUCUCUUCAAAUUUGCAACAUUUUGAAAUCACCAGUGUUGUCAAAGGCAUGGGUGCUAGUGGUACAUGUCAAAAACAGGAUAAUAUGCUUGAGCUAUUCGAAAAAUUUUCUGAAGAUCUUUUAGGAGGGAGGAAGGGAAAAGCAAUGCGUAGGUAUAUGAUUUAUCGUGUCUUAGAAAUGAAAAAGACACUUAUUGUUUUUGAUGACAUUGAUGAACCAAGCCAGUUGGAUCUUUUUCUUGGAACCGCGAAGAUAAAUGAAAGAAGCAAAAUUAUAAUAACAACCAGGAAAAUGAAUACACAUAAUUGGUUUAAGUUUAGAUCUUGGAGUUGCCAAGASUACAAUAUGCAAUUAUUGSAUGAUGAUGAAUCRUUAAAGCUUUUAAGUCUUCAUGCCUUCGAGUUGGAGAUUCCCAUGGAAGGUUACGAGGAGCUUGCAAAAGAGGUGCUAGAGUAUUGUGAAGGAAAUCCACUAGCUCUUGAAGUGUUGGGUUCCUCUCUAAAACAGGAUAUUAGCAUCGAAUUUUGGAGAAGUACACUGGAUGUAUUGAAAAGAAAUAUGAAUUUUGGAAUUCAGUGUGUACUCAAAAGGAGCUACGACUCAUUGCCAAAUAAAAUUAACAAAGAGUUGUUUUUGCAUAUUGCUUGUUUCUUUGUUGGUGAAGACAAGGAUUAUGUGGAAAAGAUAUUGGAGCAUGAUUAUUGUGCAUUAUCUGGGAUCAAAAUCCUAACUGAUAGAUGUCUUCUAUCUGUGUCACCAAACAAAAAAGUGAUGAUGCAUCAACUGAUUCAAGAGAUGGGGAGAAGCAUAAUCCGCCAAGAAUCAAACAUCCCUGCAAAACGUAGUAGAGUUUGGCUUAGUAGUGAGUCUUAUAAAAUAAUGCGCAAAGGAGAGGGUUCAGAAACAAUUGAAGGACUCGCACUUGACAUGCAACUUUUGUGGAAUGACCAGCAUGAAAGCAAGUCAUCAGAGCUGAAGACAGAUUCACUCACAAAAAUGGAUAACCUAAAAUUGCUCCGGCUAAAUGAAGCGCAUCUCACCGGAUCCUACGUGGCUCUCUCAGAAGAUUUAAGAUGGUUAUGCUGGCGUGGAUUUCAUUUAACAGCCGUACCCUUCGGCUUAUUCCAAGGAAACUUGGUGGCUAUAGACAUGAGACAUAGCAACUUGGAAGUAUUUGAAUCGCCUAUUGUUCUUCAAUCACUCAAGACUCUAAAUCUUCAAGGCUCGCAGUCUCUCUCCGAAAUCCGCAAUAUCUAUCGACUCCCUAAUCUUGAGACUUUGAUUCUUUGUCAUUGUUAUGAAUUGGUUCAUUUUUGUGAAAGCAUUGGAGGCCUUAUGAAUCUUGCUCUAUUGAAUAUGAUAGGGUGUAAAAGCCUCCCCCAUAUAGCUGCAUCCCAUAGAAGGUUAGAAGCUUCAACUUCUCAUGGAGGAAGUACACAACAAUCAUCUUUGUCUUUGCCACACUCAUUAGCAUGGCUAUCCCUCAGGGGCUGCAACCUUGAGUGUAGUGAGAAUUUUCCUCUGAGUUUCAAUGUUCAGCCGAAACUGCAGUACCUGGAUUUAGGUGGAGGUUGGUUUGAAAGCUUGCCUUGUUACAAUCAUCUUGAAAAUCUUAGGGUCCUUGACUUGACUUUGUGCCGUAGACUUAAAUGGCUUGUAUGCCUCCCAAGUGCACUUGCAGAAUUGUAUGUGUAUUUUUGUUAUUCGCUAGAAAAAAUAACUUUCGAAUCGCAUCAGUUCACGUUACAAGAGUUUGGCUAUCAAGGUUGUAUCAAAUUGUCUGAAAUUGAAGGGUUUAUUAAAUUGGUUCCAGUAGCCAAAAUGGAUGUAACUGAUUUGGGACACAUGACGUGGCUAAAAGAAUAUCAAAAUCAUGUGGUGUCCUUGGUUGGUGAUGAURAGUUGAUCACCACUGGCCGAAGCAAGAGGAUCCAGAUGUUGUAUGAAUUCGGUAUAAUGAGCACAUCUCUGCCAGACAUAAGGGAUCCAAACAUAAUGCCUAAGUACAUAUCAGAAUCACCAUCUUUGUCCUUUGAGGUGCCUUCAUGUCCCGAGAGUAUGAGGCUCAUAGGAUUGAAUGUAUGUUUCAAAUAUACAAUAUCAGGUAGGGAAUGGACAUGGUUUGCUAAAAUCAGUACAACCAAUKAUGUUGAUUAUAUGUAUAAUCCCCAUCUCUUUGGCGACCCUGGGGUAGGAAAAGUUGGUAUAUGGUUAAGCUUUUGGCCAAUUGGAAGCAARUUAGUCAUCRGAGAUAAAGUUAAUGUGUCUAUCAUUGUGAUGAGUGGAGUAUUGGAGGUACAAGAGGUUGGUGCAAGCCUUGUCUACGUGAAUGAUGAUKAAACCUUGGAAAAUAACACGCAAUGGGAUUUAUCUGCAUUUCAACUAACAACGGGAGCGUUCUAUCUUUGUCGGCGUGAUCUUUUCAUGUUAAUGGAGGUUGGUAGAUUGACUCGAGGCUGGMUCAGUAUCCUAGUUGGUAAUAACAUUGAUGAUACAGAGGUACGAGGAUGGAGAAAGACUGGUCGACCUUAUYYGUUAGACCCAUCAUUUAUGGAAUUGUCAGACCMAUCACUUAYAGAKUUGUCAUACCCAUCACGUAGAGAGUUGCCWCAACCAUCACGUCGUARAGACUUGCCAGACCUACUAUCUUCAAAGUGGUCAGACUCAUCAUUUACAAAGUCAAAAAAGUUUUAG